GGAAAAUGCAAACUCUUUCUACAACAACAGGAGAUUCAGGCAUAGGAGCUUCAAGUAAGAAAAACUCCAGGAAGGUGAUGAAUAAAACAAUUGAUCUGAAAUAUAUCAGAUCAAAAUCAUCGACUAGGAAUGAUGAGAUCAGAAGCCCUUCAUAUGAUUUGCUUGAGGACAAAAUCAUCAGAGGAUCAUGGGGAAGGAAUGAUUCAAGGUCACCAUUCAUGUCAAAACAUAGUGAGUCUCUGACCAGGGACUUAGUCAGAGCUAAAAUGUCAAGUAAUGAGAAGCUUCACAAGGCUGAUAAAUUAAUGUUAGGCUGAAAUGUAACUCUCGGAAAGUUAAAUGAUAUUUCUUACCUUAUUAAGCCAAAAGAAGAUUUUGUUAAAAUUAGAAACACUAAUUUCAAAAGGUCUAAGAGGGCUAAGAGACAUAAAGAGACUUCGACAGGAAAAGAUAAGAUUUCUCAGUCUAGCUACUAUGCUGAGAAGAUAGGUCUUGCCAACCCUUCGAUUAACAUGACUUCAAGAAGCUCAAUUCUGAGUAUGAAGAAAAGUAGAAACACUAGUGAAAAACAGAACAGCUUAGUAAUCAGUGCUUCUGCUUCUAGAAGAAGAUCUAGGGCUGAAAGGGAUCUGAACUAUAACUCUUCAAACAUGAGAUCAUUUGAUCUCUUACCUCACAAGGGGCCCAUUAAAGUUCUGAGAAGGAUUGCCAUGGCUUCAUGUAGUCCUAAAAAUAAGAGAGAAACCAUCAGCCUUAACAAGAUCAAGUAUAACCCUAAAUAAAAGUUUGAACUUCAAAUGGGAUAAAAAGAUAGUCAUCAAGAACAAGGAUAUCUCUCCAAGGUACAAGCUGAGCAAGAAAUUAAACUCUGGACAGACUUUAAACAAGGAUCUCAUCAGUGAUGGAAUCAGUGAUUUUAAGAAAAUAUUAGCCAAGAGUGAACUCAAAGUCAAGAAGAUCAAACUAAGCGACUCUAAUGAGAAAAGGUUCACUCUCGCUUCCAAAUGCAGCAAGAAAUGCAAGAAGGGAUUCAAAGGGGUUUUUAAGAUAAAGAAGAAAGGUAUUAUUCAGCAAGAAUAGUAGAUUCCUUCUUAAAAUUUUCAAUAAUUGAA